AUGGCUAAAGAAGUUACUAUGUGUACACAACUCCAACAAUGGACUCCUGUGAAAGAAUCAGCGGGGGCUCCAAGCGCACCGCCACAAGUAGGCUACUGCUUCCACACGCCCAAGAAGCAUCCUUGGAGACCAAUCAUGGGCUACGAGGAAAUCGAAGUGACACCCAUGCCUUCGCAACCGAUCACCAAUACGAUGGUGGACCCGUGCUACACGCCCGCCGGCAUGGCGGCGGAGCCCCUCCGCUUCCCCAACCUCGUGACCGGCUUCGACCGCAGCCCUGAGCACGCGGCACGAGCCGCUUUGUACACCAGAUACACCCAGUACGAGUGGAACCAGAACAGCAUCAAGAAUUACAACGAAUCAGACGCCAAAAGGAAUUUCUCCGAGCGCGUGAGGAAUGACAUCAUGAGGAUGCUCAGAGAGACCGACGAAAUUGGCACGCAGGGACAACGUGACUCUGGCAGACGUAUUGGGGAACGUAUCACGGACACCACUUUCUGGAGGAAUGAGGUGUCGAUCGAGAUGGAGCGCCUGGUGUCGACGUGCGAGAAGCUGAACGACAUGCGGCGGCAGCUGGAGCGCGCGGUGGCCGGCAUCGAGGGCCCGCUGCACAUCGUGCAGGAGUGCCUCUACCACAGGGAGAAGAGGCAAGGCUUGGAGCAAGUCCACGACACAGUCGAACAGAGCCUCCUCAAAGAAGUGGCCAUUCUCAGGGAGUGUCAGGAGAAAUUCAAGGCCAUGCUGGAGAAGGUACGACAGCAGUCGAAGAAUUGCCGCGCGACGCAGCACGAGCUGGAGUCGGACAUGAGGAACAAGGAAUACGCCCUCGGCAUUGAUUCUAUGUGCCAUCAGCUGAAUAACUUUUCUAAGGGGCUGCAAUUCUACGCGGGCAUCGAGCGCUACGACCCGAGCGUGUGCGACACGCAGCGCUGGGCCGCCGCCAGCGCCGCCACGCUGCAGCGCUCGCAGUCCGAGCGCGCCAAGGCCGUGCAGAUGCUCAGCGAUGCCGACAACUUGAUCAACGUGUCCGCGACGGAGAUCUGGGACCAAUGGAGUAACAGCAACAGCGCAUUCACGCGCCGCAUCGCGGAGACUAUUGAGAUCAAGAAUAAGUUGCAAUUACAUUUGCACAAGAUACAGCAAGAGAUCUUUGACAUCGAGAAGACUCUAGAGCUGCUGAACAAGGCCAUAGAGGACAAACUUCAGCCCAUGAAGGUGGCUCAUACGAGACUGCAGGCGAGGACUAACAGACCGCAUCUUGAGAAGUGCAGGGAUGAGGCGCAGAAUAGGCUGGUGAAAGAAGUAUGCGAUCUGCACGAGACGAUGGAAACCCUCCGUAGCAAGAUAGCGACCGCCGAAGGCACCCAUCAAACGCUGCUCGGGGUGCGCGCGGGGCUGGAGGCCGACCUGCGCAACAAGUCCACCACGCUGUUCAUAGACCGCGACCAGUGCAUGGGGCUCCGCCGCGGGUACCCCGUCACAGCCGCUAUUAAGGCCUAAU